AUGGACGUGUUGCUGCACCGGCACGGCGGCCACCAGGCCCUGCGCGUCCCCGACGAGCUGCCCCAGCUGGUGUACGACAUCAGCAGGGAGGUUCUCCGCAGGCAGCCAGCCAACAUCUACGGCUUCAUCGCCGAGUACCUCGAGUCGCUGGUGUCGACGCAGGAGGCGUCUGGAGCCAUGCGGGACAUGAUGACGGACUUCUUCGCCGAGUUGGGCGGCGGGGAGACGGCGGCGACCGGCAACGGCCCCGGCGGCGAGCUCGACCUUCAGGAGCUUCAGGAGGCUGCGCAGGGCGGACGGGCGAACCUGGUCGGUGACACCAAAGUGACCGUGUGA